GUGCCUGUAUGUGAUAUAAGGUGCCUGUAUGUGAUAUAAGGUGCAUAUUUCAAGGGACGUGCAUCAGUAUAAGCAGUGUACAUUGAACACAACUGCAAUUUUUUUUGCUACAUUCUCCUGCAGUUGAAAUAGAUAUUCUAUUUGUACUAUGAUUAUAUCACGACGUCACAUGCCCGAAACCUCUGGUACCAUGGAAGUUCUACCUGAUUUAGAUCUCUUGCCCCCCACAUGUGCACUGCACAUCGCUAAGCAUGCCCACUGAGAAGUGGCCCUGGCCAUCAUGGCUGAGGUCCGUAUGAGUGUGUUGAGCGCAAACAUUGUUCUGAUCACGAACAUGAUCAACAGUUACUUUACAGAUAUACUGUACGUAAUCAAAGUGGAUAAGCACACCGAGAAGACAUUCCGGCUCUUUAUAGACAGGGUUUUCGAGAAGAAAGACAUAAAUGACGCAUGCUGUGGGCAACGCACCACGCGCCCCCUAUCAUUUUCCAUCCUGAUGGCAAACCAUGCCGUCCGUACGAGAGAUUUGUGGAUUCUAAAAAUAGCUGCACUCAUGUGUGCUGCUGCCGAUGUGAGUGAGGCAUUAGACAUAGCGUUUGCUUACGACAAGGAUCAGUUCUGUGUGCGGACGCUGUUGGAGCACUCUGACGUGGCUACACUUGUCAUUAAUCCCCGUUGGAUACGAAUAGCGAAGAAGCACAACUGGAAUACAGAGCUUCGGCUGCUCACGCAGUGGUACAAAGUGAGUUAUCGCCGAGAGGAGCUAGCCCUGGGCUUCUCCACGCUCUCACGUGGUGAUUACGUGCUACCCAACUCUCCGCCCAUCUCUCCGUUGGACUGGUUGCGGCUGUCGGGUAUCGUGCUGACUGGGAGGUGGCGAUGGCCAUAGCAUGGCUAAAACCUAGUUUACACUAUCUGCAGUUUGAGGCAGCCUAUAUCAUGCACGUGCUGCAUGAGUUUGUGACUAGCCCAGCGAUAGAAGAGUAUGACGAAAAUGCGUAUGUGCCCUCGAAGAAGGUUCUGAAGCGGCUGGCAAAAACUGCCACUAAGCGUGGUUUCACAGACAGAAUGGCCCAUCCGUUGCCCACUGUUCUCCUUGAGUUUGCGUGCGAGGUGUACGGUAGGAUGUGGGUACUGAAAGCAGGUAUGUGCAUGACUCAUAGUGCUCUAGUGUUCAUGUUAUAUGCGUGUGUACAGUCGGAUAUCGCCAAAAUGGUGUCCUUGGCCGUGCGAACCCAGGAGGAACAGACUGUGCUGGUUCUGGUGAAGAGUCACCGAGUGUCGUCUUUGUUCGCGAACGAAAUGGAGCUGAUACGAACCGCGGAAAAGCUGCAGUGGACGAGCGUGCUAGAUCAGACAGAGUGGUACCUGGCCUCGCUGACGCCCAGGGACCUACAUGACGUCCUUGUUAUGGCGUACACAAACGCGUUUGUUCGGUUCACUGACCUAUGCCUCAGAAUGGGUGCGGGACCGUUGUCGGGUAUUGCAAUCGCGGACAAGUAUAAGCAUGACAUGGAACUGAUCCGCAAGGGUGCGAAAAAAGGCUGUACCGCGGUGGUCCGUGAACUCAUAAGCACAGCCCGUGAAAGCGAGCUCAGCAACUGUGUGGAUGCGGCUAUCAGUACCCGUCACCUGCACAUAGUCGAGUUACUUCUGCACAGUCAGCGGUUGGCGCCUACCGUUGCGCUGAGAGAAGCGUGUCGGUUGGGUCACUGUGAAACCGUGGCGCUGCUGCUGUCCAAUGGGCACGCGAAUCCGACAUGGGAUGACCACGCGGCACUGAUUGCGGCUUGCAAGGAGGGCGAGGUGGACACAGUGCAACUUCUGUGCGCUGACCUGCGUGUGGUUGAGCCGUUGAGAAGUCUGAAGCCAACAAGCCCUACAGAUCCUCGGUCGCUGUUCUCGCGCGCGUUUAUGGCCUCCGCCAAGGGAUCGCUGGAGACGCUCAAGUACAUUGUGAGCUUGAAACCAUCACACAGCUUCAUCGCAACCGCGGCACUCAAAGAGGCGUUGGCCAUAGGCACGCGCAAUGACGAUGAGGAUGUCGUGCGCUUUUUGUUGCAGUUCAAUAUUCGCACAACCGACGCCACUGACGAAGCGCUGAAUUCGGCGUGUGCGGAUGGGCGCGCGGCUGUCAUUCCGGCGCUGCUAAAGGGUAUUCGGAACAUCACCAAGGAGAGGAGAUAUCUGCACUCGACAGUAGCUCAGACACAAGCACGCACGCACGCACACACAGGCGCACCCGCCCAGGCGGGUGAUGAUCUCCGGUCACCGGGGAGGGGAUUGGUAGCGGCAGCGACAGGCCUUACUCGAUCCGAGGGUACGCUAAUGGUUAAUAAUGCAGCUGCUGGGCGUGGGAGUGCGCGUUCGAGGCCAAGAACGGUUGUAGUGCAACAGCAUGAUGUACAGCGCCAUGUUGGAGAGCAACGCGAUCUAGAACGCAAUUUCCACCAACGUUAUCAAGAAAAAAGAGGGUUAGACGCACUUGUUCAAGAAAAAAAGCGUUUACGACGAGAUCGCGACAGGCUAGAAUACCGUUUAGAGCGACGUGUUCAAGAACAACGCGAUGUACAGAGUCUGCGCGAGUCUUUCACACAUUCACUUGUCACCACCGACACGCAUUCGGUAGAAGCCGUGGAGACCAACACCAACAGUAGCACCAACAGCUCUGACGGUCAUGUGAUCGUUGACUCUGGUGACGGUGAGCGGUUGGCGUAUAGCGGCCGUACAGUUGGGAAUCGCAGGCGUACUAUUGUCCUCUCAAACAGAUCCGUUGACUUUAUCGGUGAAGGCAGACACGAGACUGUAACACAAGACAUACAGCAACUGCAGGAGCAGCUGAGACAAACACAAGAGCGACUCACAGAAAAAGACCGCACACUCAGCGCUGUGCUUAGCCGCCAUCGACAGAGGGAAGCCCUACAAUGGAGACGAAACAACCAACUAGUGCGUGCUAUAAACAUGCGCUUCAGCGCUAUCAAGCGCACGCUGGACUCGCACUUGGGCACGCCAGAGAACAGACUGCCCAGUUUUCUGGACCAUCUCCAGUCCAAUGGUGACUACAUAGCGCCUGAAGAAGCACGCACGCCUGAGGUAAGGGAUGGAGCUGGUGGUGGUGACAACGAUGGAGGUCUAUACGAGCCCUCGCGCCUGUUUGAGAUAUUGGGUUUGGGUUUGCCUGGCGAGAGAGGCAACAGAGGAGGUCUUGAUGAACCCACACGGACGUGUGGUCAUAAUGAGACCACACCGGCGCAAGCCACGGAGAGCCGUGUUGCUGGCGGAAACUCUGCGCACAUUGCAAAGCUUAAGUCGUGGAUGAAGGACUGUGCGGCACACACCGACGAGUCUGACUGUGAAUAUGACGAGUUGGUAGACACUCGCACACCAAUGGUCGUGGAUAGACGAUAGUUCACCUAAGUGUUAAGGGGAGCCUGAGUGUUAUGGGUAGUCUUAGUGUCAAGGGGAUCCUAAGUGUUAAGGAGAGCCUAAGUGUUAAGGGUAGAGAAGUCGGACAGGAGGGGACUUACUGGGCUGGUUUCAAUAUUAACCAGGACUAACUAAGUUAAUAUAGGUUUCGCGUAGUGUAGGUACGACUUAAAAUACAAGGAGUGGGCUCGGAUAGUCCUUUUAAAGUACCGCAUCCAAACGACGUGCACUCCCCUACCGCAGGGACAUCAAUAACAUUCAUUUUAGGACUUGCCUUACAGGCGUGCGCACGUGGUCGGUCCCAAGAAUCGAACUCAGGUGAAACUGAGGCGUCAUGAAAGGCUUGUCGGGGGUUACUCGGUACAAUAUGGCUGUGGUUAGUGGUAUAGUAUCACAGCCAUGGGCGAAGCAGUAUAUGAGCAAUACUUUACGUUGGUCAGAGUGUCGGUGAUUCUCGCCGAUUGGAUUAAAACAAGCCUACAACUCCGACUACUAGAAACAGUCCGUCCCACGAGAAGUAACCUUAUUCGGGGGUGACCCUCCCUGAACGGCAUUAUGUCAACCAUAACUCAUCCCCUUCAGCCAUGUAGAGUACUUGGGACUCGUGCAUAGCCUAGCAGUGUCAUAUGUUUAUUGGAGAUUUCAAACCCGUACUGCGUGCGCUUGUUGUGCCUGCGCCACACCAUUGUGGUGCCGCAUCCUAUUGCGCGCGUGGGUAGGUAGGUCAGCUCUAGCCGGCCAUUGCAGAGCAGGCUACCGUGUCUAGUAGUAGCCAACCUGGCCCCUUUAAAUUAAACCAUUCCUAAGAACGUUCAUCGCAGAGCUAGCAGCAGCCUAUGCAUACUCUAGUACAGAGUGUUAGGAGCUUUAUGCAUACCCCAGUACAACCCGUAAUGCGGAUUUAUCUUGUGCCGUUAGGUUGGGAUGCUGAAUCUGGGAGGUAUCUGGGGGACGUACUUCUAAUACAAAACAAUAAACGAUGUCUGCCUCCCACACUCCUGGCGGUACUGUCCAGGGUAUGGCCUCAGGGACGACUCUCCAUAGUAAUCCGAUAGAACUCCCAUACCACUCGUGCGAUCUUGCAGCGAAAAGCGACCUAGUCUACUCGCCGUUUGUCCCCGAUAAAGGCUCCGCAACACGCACUCACUCACUCACUCACGGAUCAAUGAUGGACCAUGUCGCUGUGUGACACUACGUGGUCGACAUCGUCUGUAACGUCACAACACUAACGCUGUCUAUCCCCAUAGUACUUACAAGGCCACGUACCUACUUGUGCACUCCAGCUGCUAUGUUGGGAUGGUCGUCCCAAAAGGUGUCCUUGAUGAUAUCUCCGUGGUACUCACGGACCACUCGCCUGCUUCGUGUGUAUUCCUCCUCGGCGGGGCUCGUUUUUGUAUCUGGUGAGGUUUCAAAACUGCAUUGCUUCUGGUCGAUAUCCUGUUCGAUUUGCAUAAAUUUAUAAAACUGUCUGGG